CAUUUUGUGCCUACGCUCUCAAGUAUAUAUAUGAGCCUGAACCUCCUAUAAUUAAUAUCAUAUAUCAAAACCAUUGGAACCGUGGUUGAGUGCAUAGACACUUACGCAUGGAAGCUGAGAGGUUGCAGAUGCUACAAAAUUUUGCUGCGGAAGGAAACGUGGAUGCUUUAUUUUCAGUACUUGAAGAGGAUCCCUAUGUUUUGGAGCGUAUUGAACAAAUACCAUUUGUGACUACUCCCUUACACACAGCUGCAAGCGAGGGAAAUAUCUAUUUCGCCAAGAAAAUACUAAACUUAAAGCCUUCAUUUGCUGUGAAGCGAGACCAUCUUGGGCGUAGCCCCCCGAUUUGGCUUUGGAGGGGAAACACCUGAAGGAUGAGCUUAGUCCUCUUAAUUCGGAUUUUGAGGAGAAGUACCAGCAACUUGUAACAUGGUUGAUAAAGCAUGACAGUGAGCUUGUCAGUGUUAAAGCAAAGGGGAUGAUUACUCCUUUGCACUAUGCAGCUCAAGUAGACGACGAAUCCAAUUUGGCUGAUUUUUUGUAUGUUUGUCCAUCAUCAAUGGAAGAUUUGACUGUUAAAGGUGAAACUGCUGUCCAUGUUGCCCUCAAAAAAGGGAGUCUCAAGGCCUUUAAAGUCUUGUUAGGAUUUCGUCGAUGCUUCGACAAAGAACGGAUUCUAAACUGGGAGGACGAAGAAGGAAACAAUGCAUUGCAUACUGCAGUAUCUGUAAAUCAACCUGAGGCGGUGAAGCUGUUGAUCAGAGAUAUCGACAUCAAUAGAAAGAACAGUAAAGGUUUGACAGCAUUGGACAUCUUCUAUGAUCGCCAAGGUUCGCUAGAUACAGCAGUUAAGGACAUUCUACUUGCUGCUAAAGUUAAAACAGCACCCAUAAGUCUUUGAAAAAUAAUAGUACAAAUUUAUUUGGUUUACGAAAUUCAGUACUUUCGUUUUGUCACCCAAUAGUCUGUCUCCCGACAACCCUUUUGGUAUUUUCGUUUUGUCUUGCGGUUCCUGACACUUCCUUUUACAAGAAACAUACAACUGUAGGGCAUUGUUUUGGUAUUUUUCUGUUUGUAAGUGCACUUAUAGCAUAUGGUAUCCCAUUAUUAUUUCAUCUCCAGAGAAAGGAGCUCAGACGGCUAGGCCGGCGGAGGAAUCUACGUCUGGGAAGCUUUUAAAAACUUUAAGAUGUGAAGUCAGCAUCGUUUGUAAUGUUGUACCUGCUUUGAAUAUUUAAUAAAGUUGCGUCUUUUAUCAGUA